CUGGCGGCCGGACCCUGGGGCCGCCGGGCCGGGGGGAGCCGGGCCGCCGGGCCGGGGCCGCGGGCCGCAGGGCCGCGGGCCGCAGGGCCGCCGGGCCGCGCCAAUCGGCUGGCAGGCACUCCCAGGGGCGGGCCGAGGGGCGGAGCCACCUCAGCGCCGCGGCCCGCGCCUCGGGGGCUCGCGCCACUCUCGCCCCGAGAGCCACUAGAGGCUGAGCCGUCGAGUGGCCCCGAGUGUACCGGUCGGAUGUCCGCGGAGGGCGGCGGCUACUCGCCGUGUCCGGCGGAGGCGCUGCCGGAGCUGAGCGCUGCCGAGCUGGCGAUGAGCCUGUCGCCCAAGUCGGCCUUGCUGCAGCAGAACCUGUCGCAGCUGCAGCUGCAGCACUCCACGCCCUUCUCCGUCACCGACAUCCUGUCGCCCAUCGAGGAGUACCGCAAGCUGGAGCUGGCCAACAACCCGCCGUCGCCGUACAGGUGCGUGCAUCGAUCGCCCCACACCUCCUCCCCCCGCGCCCGGCGCCCCCGCCCCGCUCUCCCCGGUGAGCCCCCCGCGGGCCCCCGGUCCCCCGCGGCCCGGAGUGUCCCCGAAGGUAGGGUAUGCCGUGGUCCGGGGCGGCCGAGGUCCCCCGCGGCCGGUGUGAGUGUCCGCGUGUUCUUCUCCUCGCUCGUUCGUAUAUUCCUCUGUAUAGUAAAGUGUGAGGACCUCGUGCCGCGAUGCCCGCCGGAGGACGAGGGUCCCUCUGAGCCUCAAGAUGCCUCUCGAGACCUAUAUGCAUAUGUAUUCUUUAUUAUUCUGUAUGUCUGUGCUGUAACCUCUGUGUCUUCAUUAUUCUAUACCUGCAAUAUUUCAAGUCUUUCCUCUCCCGCCAGGUCCAACUCCUCAGGCAGCAGCAUCAACUCGCCCCUGGGGCCCGCGGCGUCCUGCGGGAUGGCCGGCAACCCGUACGCGGUGCCGCUGUACGGGGGUGCUCCGGUCCAGGGAUACGGCUGCGCCCCCGCGGACCUGCCCCACUACGGGGACAUGCGCGGCGCGAGCUGGUACCCCGCCUCCAACGACCCCAGGUUUGCCAUUUCCAGGCUGAUGACGUCGACGUCUGGCGGUAUGGGCCACGUGAACAACAUGGGCGGACUGGCGGCCUGCGCCGGCCCGGACGCCAAGCCAAUGCAGUUCCCACUGGCGCAGAGACGUAAGAGAAGAGUAUUGUUCACACAGGCACAGGUGUACGAGCUGGAGAGGAGGUUUAAGCAGCAGAAGUACCUGUCGGCGCCGGAGAGGGAACACCUGGCGUCCCUCAUACACCUCACGCCCACACAGGUCAAAAUAUGGUUCCAAAAUCAUCGCUACAAAUGCAAACGGCAGGCCAAGGAGAAGGCGAUGGCGGAACAGAAUCAACACAACCAGUCGGCGUCAUCUCCUCGCCGCGUGGCUGUGCCGGUGCUUGUGAAGGACGGCAAGCCGUGCGGCUCGGGCGAGUCCUCGUCUCCAGCCCACUGCGCAACCCCCACCAGCUACCCCGCGCCGCAGCAGGCCGCCUGCAGCAACCUCUCCUACCGCCAGCCAGCCGCCUACCAGCAGCAGUGCUCCGGCUACCUGCCGCUCCAGGGACGAGCCUGGUAG